UUGGUUGCUAGUGGAAAUCCUUGGGUGAAACUCACCCAGCUUUAGUAACCACCCAACUGCAGAGACUUUAGACAACCAUGUAAACGAGAUUCCACUGUCAGAAAAGAGACCCAACUUUUGUCACCAUGGUGGAGGUGACGUGUCUGAGUGAUGACGAAUUACAGAAUGAACUCAACAAACUUGGAUUUUCACCUGGCCCGAUACUACCUUCCACCAGAAAAGUGUAUGAGAAGAAGCUAGUGCAGUUGUUGGUCUCAACUCCGUGUGCACCACCCAAGAAGAAUGGACCCGGAGAACUGAACAGAGCUCAGGACGAUGACGACAGUGAAGGUACCAUCAGAAGCUGACCUGUAGAUAGCAGCUGUGCACUUAUUCACGCCUUGUACGGUACGGUUUGUGCAGCCUUAAGUGGUAUGCCAGGUGACCUGUGAAAUAUCCCUGUGGCCUGUUUGCACGCAGAGCCGAAAAAUAGGCCCCGGGGCUGCAAAAGGAAUCUAUUAACGCCACAUCUACAUUCAUGCCAAUGACUCAGUGGGUGGACUGUUGGAGAAAGGACUGGUCAAUUUGCACAUUCUGUUGCUAAUCAGAGCCAACUCUGUGUUUGAUUUCUAAAACCAGAAGUUCCCGCAGGUAAUUUCCUAGUCUCCUUUGAGGUCUCAACCUCUGCUUUGCCUCAAGCAAUAAAUUUGGCAGUUAUUUUCUUCAGACUAAAUGAUGACACGUCCAUUCAGAUGUAUGAACCAAAUUGUACCUCCCCAAAGUCCUCCUGUGCCUCCUUGUUUUUCU